AUGAAGAGAACUGGAAAUCAAUGGACUGCUUUUGCACAUAUUAUCACAGCGGUGAUAGGAUCAGGAGUUCUAUCAUUAGCAUGGAGUGUAGCACAAUUGGGGUGGAUUGCUGGCCCAAUAAUUCUGCUGUGUUUUGCUUCUGUUACCCUUACUAGUGCAUUUCUUCUCUGCAACUGUUACAAAUCCACCGAUCAACAGGGGAACAUGAAUAUCACCCACAGCCAUGGCUCUUACCUUGAAGCUGUCCAGUCAAUUUUAGGAAAUAGAAAGGCCUGGAUUUGUGGCAUCUUCGUUUGGAUCAAUUCCAUUAAGCUUGGAAUUGUGUAUACAAUCACCUUUGCUUUAAGCAUCAGUGCGAUUAGGAAAUCAAACUGCUAUCAUGAUGAAGGGCACAAGGCUGAAUGUCAGUUAUCAAAUACUAUAUAUAUGAUUAUAUUUGGAUCAGUUCAAGUACUAUUGUCUCAAAUUCCUGAUUUCCGAAGUACAAAGUGGCUCUCCAUCGCAGCUGCACUCAUGUCUUUCAUAUAUUCAUCAAUUGGAUCAGGACUUAGCUUAGCAAAAGUAAUAGAUAAUGGAGAAAUAAAGGGUGGCAUUGGAGGUUGGCCUUCUCCUAAUGCUGCUAAAAAAGUAUGGCCUGUUGCACAAGCACUUGGAAACAUUGCCUUUGCCUUCCCAUUCUCUAUUAUUAUUUUAGAGAUACAGGAUACAUUGAAGGAACCUACAGAGAAGGCCACCAUGAAGAAGGCCUCAACAAUGGCAGUCUGGACUUCCACAUUUUUCUACCUAUGCUGUGGAGGAUUAGGUUACGCAGCCUUUGGCACUGAAACUCCUGGGAACCUCUUGGCAGGGUUUGGUUUUUACGAGCCAUAUUGGCUUCUCGACUUUGCUAAUGCAUGCAUUGCUGUUCAACUUUGUGGAGGAUAUCAGGUGUUUAGCCAGCCAUUUUAUGCAAUUAUAGAGAAAUGGCUUCGCAAGAAACUUCCACAGAGUCGGCUUUUUGUUGGGGAUUAUAAUCUGACACUCAAUAAGCAUUUACUAGCUUUCAGAUUGAGCUUCCUGAGGGUGAUCUUUCGAACUAGCUAUGUUGCCGUGAUCACUGGGAUUGCCAUACUGUUCCCUUACUUUAACCAGGUUGUGGGAUUUGCGGGAGCAAUCACCUUCUGGCCUAUAGUUGUGUACUUCCCAGUGGAGAUGUAUCUAAAGCAGAAAAAGAUUGAAUCUUGGACAACCAAGAAGAUUGUUCUUCGUACAUAUACCUAUGUAUGCUUGAUGGUUAUCCUAUUUGCCUUUGUUGGUUCCAUCAGAGCUUUGAUUAUUGCCAGGUUCAGCUAGGACACUAUUUGGGCAUUUCAACUCUUCUUAAUACUUGUUACUUGUAGUUAGACAAGAUAGUAGAGAUUUUGAAGUUUAAUUUGUAUUACUCUGCGGAUUAUCUUUACAAAUGGAUCUGAACUCUUCUACUUUAUGUUUU